AUGGCGACACAGGCCAAAAAAGACUUGCUGAUGUCCGACACGGGAACUGAGCCCGACAAGCUCGUGAAGAACAUGCACGGGCUAAUCGAGCAGGGAUACACCGUCCACUUCUGUGGCGUAUUCGCCGCCCCACGGGAGAUCAUCGCGCGCGGAGUUGCCCGAGAAGUUGGGGAGGGCAAGAGGUACAACCGCAGCGAGAAAAAGCUCUGCCAGACGUUCGACGCGUUCGCCCCUGCCGCCCGGGCCGCGAACGGCAAGUUCUGCAUCGUGCGCAACAGCAGCGGCAGGAGCCCGGAGGUGUACAUGGAAGGCCGCGGCGGCGCGGAGAUCUCCUUCAGCCUGGAGCAGGGGCUCGCGUGGGCGGGCCCGGAGCCGGCGGCCGAGGCGACGUGA